AUGUCUUGUUCGCCGAACAAGCGAAGGAAACAGGAUUCCGCUGCUUCUUUUGCUUUAAUUCGAGCUUGGAUUCAACGGAAUUAUGAAGACAGCAAAGGAAGUUUCACUCCUCUUCAAGAUAUUAUGGCUCACUUAGAAGAAGAUAAAGGGAAUAUUGGUGAGACAGUGACCAAGAUUAUGCUGACCAAGGCAUUCAACGAUGUUUUCGAAGGGAAUAGACAUUAUUUUAAAGGACGGGACAAGGAUCGUGUUUCUGGAUAUCGUGACGUGAAAASAAAAGUACAGACCUCACUAUAUACCCAAAUGAGUAUCGAUGAAGAKUGGGAAAUAUUAAGCCAGAAUUAUUCCAAUAUUACAGCAAAUUGUGGCGACUUAUGUACAUGGAGUGCGGUCAAAGAUAACGACGAUUCCAUUUCCUUUUUGCACUUUGAAAAUGUGCGCUGUGACGAGCAGAGGRUUGUUAGCGAGAUCAACUUCCAGAAGAACUCAACAAUGCAGAAAACCGAUGUUAAGAUUAUCUACCAUCAAAGAGCUGUGCCAUCCGACCAAGUGGAAAUUAUUGCAAGUCAAUUUAACGGUCUUGGGAUUUUGGAAAAAGCUAGACACCUCUUGAGAUUUCUUGACAAGAGUUACAUAUGCCAAGGCUUUGAAUUAGUGGAUGGCGAUGAUCUUUUGCUUGAUAGAAUGGAUAUCAAACGACACUCUGUUACAACUGCAGGCAUAACUACGUCCGAGCGAGGAUUUUCUGCGAAAUGUCAAGUCCUAACCAACUCUGCAGGAGUACGAUGCGCAGUAUGCAGAUUUGAAAAAGAAAAACUACUGAAAAUUAGGAAACGACACCAUGAAAGAAAAGACAAUGGCAUCGCCACACACACUAAUAAUSGGUACUUAUCAAGACAAKAACUCUUGGUAAAAUUGGACAACGAGAAAACACUACGCCUAGCUGAAAAACGAGCUCRAGAAAACAUUCAACAACAAAUGUUAGACAUGGAAGAAGAUGACCAUGAUGAUUUGGAAAAAAUGAUGAGCAAUCUUACCACUGAAAAUGUCCCAGCAGACAUGGUAAUGUUGUGGAACGAGCAGACAAAGAUCUUGAGGACCACAAGCAAAAAGCAAURUCGAUGGCAUCCUAAGUAA